AUGUUGUUCAAUAACAAGAACGGCAACAGCAAUGACGAGCAAAAACCCAAUGUUAUUCACAACGACGUCAAGAGUGAUGCCGCAUCCAGUCUCUCUGUAGAUCAUGAAAAAGGUGGUGUUGGUUUCCAAAAGCCAUAUGUCAAGACAGAAGCUGAAAAGCGUCUAGUGAGAAAAAUUACAUACACUAUCAUGCCCUUGGUGUCUUGGAUCAUUAUUGUACAGUUUGCCGACAAAGCAGCUUUGAGCGUUUCAGCCGUACUUGGUAUCUAUGAAGACACGCAAAUCACCGGUUCACAAUUCAGCUGGCUUGGAUCACUCUUCUUUUUGGGUCAUCUUGUUUUCCAGCCCCUUAACAGUUACUUCUUACAACGUUUUCCGAUCGGCCGCUAUAUGGGCGUCUGCAUUAUUCUAUGGGGUGCGGUUAUGCUUUUCACCGCCCUAUGUCACACGUUUCCAGAACUUGCAGCCGUCCGUUUCCUUUUGGGCUUUUUUGAAGCUGCAUGCAUGCCCACAAUCUACCUCUUGGUCAACACCAUGUACCGUCGAUCUGAACAAACGACCUACUUUGGUGUAGUCACCAUGUGCUUUGGUAUGGGCUCUGUGGUCGGUAACUUGGUUGCUUUUGGUAUCUCGCACAUGGGCACUCGCUUGAACAUUGAAAUGUGGCGGUGGAAUCAUAUUGUAUUUGGCUCAAUUACCGUGUUCCUGGGUCUCCUGGCGUUCUUCUUCCUCGCCGAUAACCAGCGAUCCAAACUCUUGCGCCUGACGGAAGAAGAAAAGGUCAUUGUCGAGGAACGUAUCCAGGAUAAUGCUGUCGUUCGUAACGUGGAAAUCAAAAAGUACCAGAUCGUCGAAGCACUCAUGGAGCCGCGUUUGUGGUUGAUGUGCAUUGCUGCCAUUGGUUUGCAGAUCCAAAAUGGCGGUUUGCUUGUGUUCAGUGCUCAAUUCAUCAAGGGUCUUGGUAGCUUUUCGUCUGGCGAAUCGAUCUUGCUUAAAAUGCCUGGUGGCGUCGCUUCCACCCUAGGUACUAUCCUUGCCACUCUUGUUGCUCGACGCACUAAUCAAGUAUGCUUGACCGGCAUCAUGAUGGCCAUCAUCAGUUUGAUCGGAUGCAUUGUGUUAGCCGCUAUUCCUGAUGGCGCCGUCAAACUCCUGGGUUAUUACUUGAGCUGGGCAAGCACCGGUGGCUAUGGUCUUCUUGCCACUUCCGUUGGCAACAAUGUGUCUGGCUACACAAAGAAGAUUUUCUACAAUUCCAUGCUUGUCGUCUUUUACACCCUUGGUAACUUCAUUGGACCACUUAUCAUGUUGGAGAAGGAGGCUCCACGAUACAUUGGUGCCAUGAUUGGCUUUUGCGCCGGCAAUGGUGUGGCCAUUGCGUGCUUCUUCACUCUCCGAGCCCUGAUGAUGCGUGAGAACAAGCGUCGUUUGGCUAACCCACCAGAUGCCCCAACAGAUGCUCACUUGGAUUUGACCGACAAAGAGGACAAAAACUUUUUGUUCAGAUUGUAA